AUGGAGAAACGCGUCGCCCAACCCCGCCACAGCCCGAACCCGAGCUUGGCCAAUCACCGCAGCAAGCAACAUUUCUGCAAAGUACCCACCAGUAGCCAGAUACCAACCAGAUCCAGUUGCUUUGCCAAGCCCCCUCACUGUGAGCUCGUGUGCUUAGACCCACGCUAUGACGGCUUUUUCGCAUUUGAGCAACUCAACGCCGUGCAGUCCCAGGUCUUUGAAGACGUCUUUGAAGGAGAUGGCAACCUCGUGGUUAGUGCCCCGACCGGGUGUGGCAAGACAGUCCUCUUUGAGCUUGCCAUGCUCCACUACCUCAAAGAGAUUCAGUAUGUACCAGGUGGAGGGCAUCCAGAGGCGCAAUGCAUUUACGUGGCCCCGAUCAAGGCGCUCUGCGAUGAGCGAUAUGCUGACUGGCAUCCUCGAUUUGCUCGACUGGGCCUCAAGGUCAUGCACGAGAAAUGGGACAGCCUGACCCGUCAACUCAAGACAAAGCGGGACAAAUUGGUGGCCUUGCUCAUGGUGGACGAAGUUCAUUUGCUCACUGACGAGCGCCGAGGACCAGUUGUAGAGUGCAUCGUCACCCGUACCAUGUCCAUGAGUGAUGGUCAAGGUCGCUCAACACGAGUAGUCGCCGUCUCAGCGACCUGCCCCAAUAUUCAAGACAUUGCAGCCUGGCUUCAAAGCAAAGACCGGCGUGCCUUCACGCAUGUCUUUGGUCCUGAAUUCCGCCCCGUGCCCUUGAGUCCCAUCGUACGUGCUUUCCCUGGCUUUGAGCACCCAGGCGACGAGCACAAGUUUGACAAGUACUUGAACAACCAUCUUCCGUCCAUCGUCCAACAACACAACCCCCAAGGAAACCCCACCAUCUGCUUCUGCAUGACCCAACGCAGCACCUACGAAACAGCUCGUGCUAUUGGGCUCGCUCGACAGCGACAGCAGCAACAGCAGCAGCGAUGCGCCUCCACCCCCACAGCAAACCUGACGGCCGUGGCUCGCAGCGUAAAUGAUCGCCAGCUGGCAGGCCUGUUAAACAUGGGCGUCGCGGUCCACCAUGGACAAAUGACACCGCAUGAUCGCGGGCUGGUCGAGCAGGCUUUCCGUGACCGUCAUAUUGCUUUUUUGGCUGCCACCUCAACGUUGGCCAUGGGAGUCAAUUUGCCCGCCUAUAUGGUGAUCAUCAAGGGGACCAAGGAGUACACGGGCGGUCAGACGCAAGAUUUACCAGACAUCAAGGUUUUGCAAAUGAUCGGCCGCGCCGGGCGGCCUCAAUAUGAUCACCAAGCCGUUGCCAUUAUUGUGACUACGCGGUCCCACCAUGAUAAAUAUGCCAACCUGGCCGGUGGCAGGGAAACCGUUGAAUCACAUCUGCACAAGGCCAUCAUUGAGCACGUCAACGCCGAGGUCACGCUGGGUACCAUCACUUGCGUGGAAGAUGCCAUCGCCUGGCUCAAAUCUUCUUUUCUCUACCGCCGCGUGCUUCAAGCCCCUAAACUCUACGGAGUGGCGACCGAACAGUUGAAUCGCCUCGAUGCUGCGGGCCUGAUCAGCAUGAAUGAGCUUCUCGAGUGCCGCCCCACAGCCAUUGGGGGUCUAGUGGCUCGCUACUAUGUGGCUUUUGCCACUUACCAGCUCUUUCAGCAGAUGUUGGAGGCGACGGAUAUGGCGGACAUGCUUAAGCUGCUCUGCGCUGCGCAAGAAUUCCAAGAACUGCGUUUGCGUCGCAAUGAAAAGACUCCGCUCAAGAAGCUCAACGUGCCCACGAAAAAGGAUCAGAGCGAACCGAUUCGUUUCCCCAUGAAAGAGGGCCGAGGCUGUAUUCGCGACACGGCCAUGAAGGUCAAUUGCUUGGUGCAAGCUGCUCUGGGCGUGCUGCGCGUGGAAGAGUGGAAGCUCAACCAGGACACCCAGAGUGCCUUGCGCACUGCCAACCGCUUGGCCCAAUGUUUUAUCGAGUUGGUGUGGAUCUCACGCCGACAAGUACCUGCGCAAGCACUGUUAACUGCAUUGCAGCUAGGACAAUCGCUGCGAGCUCGCAUUUGGUGGGACUCGCCGCAUAUCGCAUUACAGUUUAAGAGCGUAGGUCGCCACACAUCGCUACAGCUUGUAAAUGCAGGCGUGGACAGCGCACAAAAGCUCCGCAGCUAUUCCUCAGCCCAACUCCAUGCACUCUUGGGAAAACCUACCCUCGCAGAAAAGCACACAACGCGCACAAUCCAGGUGGCGAGUGAAGUGAGCAAGCUGCCACAAUUUCAAGUGGAGCUGGUGGCGGGAGGUGAUGCAACAUGGAACGUCACAGUCACGCUGCUGGCUGGGGUGUGCGGAUCAAAAGCACCCCUCUUCCUUCUGGUGCUCGACGGCAGUUGCAUUUUGCUGGCAGAACGCAUCAGCGGAACCUUUUUAAUGGAAGGGGCUUUCAGCAAGUGGUUCCAAGGGCCCCGCACGGCUACAUCGGCGCUUGUCGCGCACCUGGUGCAUGGUGACGUGGCAGGGGUGAACCAGCGUGUGGAAGUGGCUGCUGCUGCUGCUGCCAAGCCUGGGGGGCAGCGCAGCUCCCAACUGGAUAUUGACGCCCUGCUUGAAGGCCUGGACGAGGAGGAAGAGGAGAGUCACGUCGAGCACAAGCCCGUUGCAGCGACAAAAAACAGCCGCAAUGCCAAGCGUCAGCCAAAGACCGGUGCACGCUUUCAAAAGCGCGGCGAGGAUGGCACUCGGGUGAUGAACAAGGACUUCAACAUGGCGGCUUGCACAAGCCAAUCAAAUCAGCUCUCCGCUGGAGCACACACGGAGAGUAGAGUGCCACCAGAGCUGCAGGUGAUUCCGCAGCACACACUACGGGUUUUUGCACAGGCGCAGACCGAUAUGAAGUCUCCUGUGCCAGAGCCUCUUGCCCGCGAUGCCCAGCAUCUGCGUUCAAGGUUUGGGGCGCAAGCCUCGUGGCUGCCAACAUCACCCCUGCUUAGCGAGAAGCGCACUCCUCAAAGACAGAGUGGCUCAACCGAGGCUUCACAAAUUCCGAUCCAGCAAACAGAGACGGCGCCGCGUCUAGAAACCCAGCCACGAGAUUGGGGAGCGCAGCCUGGGAUGCGGGCCGAGACACCCACAAAACGGCCUCGCCAGAUGUGGGGCAAAGAAUGCCAGACAACGAAAAAGCGAUGCCAGCAAGACUGGGUCCAAGACACAUUGCUUUAG